GUUCUGUCGUCACUCUUCCGUUCUUCUCAAACAGUAUGGCGAACCUCGAGCAUGCUGAAGACGACCCGAAACAUGUGAACAUGUCCGGGGAGGUGUCCGCCGCCGGUGCUCCGGUCCAACCGGCCGGAGUGUCCUCUGCACCGGGCGGAGACGCGGGCGCGGUCCCGUGCGCGGUCCCGUCGUUCGCGGCCGCCUCCGAGCUGCUGUCAGCGCCGUACUCGUGCCUGGUGAUGAACGCGCACCGGAGACACAUCAGCCUGCCGCCCGUGUACCUGAACAAGAAGCGGACAGGUAUCCGGGAGGAGCUGGAGGCCGAACUGCUCCGCUUCUCCCAGAGUCUGAAGGGGGUGCCCUUGGCCUACGACAACAUCAGGAUAGUGGGUCAGCACGGACACAUCCAUGACGACAGCGGCUACAUCCACAUGGACAUAGAGGCCAACUUUAUUGUCUUUCAGCCCAUGAAAGGACAGAAGCUGCUGGGUAAGGUGAAUAAACUCGGAGUGAGCCACGUGGGCUGCCUGGUGCACGGCUGCUUUAACGCCAGCAUCCCCAAACCCAACCUGGUCUCGGUGGAGACGUGGCGCGACGCGGGGCCGAGGAUCGGAGCAGAGCUGGAGUUUGAGGUGACUGCGCUCGACGCCGACACUGUGGGAGUGCUGCUGAUCCGAGGACGGAUGGACAGGACCAGGGUGCAGGAGCUGUUAGCUUUGGGUGAGAGCUCAGAGUCCGGCGUCACAGCAGACGAGCCAGAACCACCAGAAACCAAACCGACCCCAGAACCAAUGGAGGAGUCUCCUAUCGACACCCCCAAGAAAAAGAAGAAAAAGAAGAAGGACAAAGUCAAAGAGGUGGAGACGGACACGGAGGUCACAAAUGAAACGUCCAGCCAGCUGGAUGGCAACACGACUCAAGAGCUGAACGGAGCAAUGGAUGAAGCAAAUGGAAAUGAAGCCGGUGAGAAAAAGAAGAAGAAGAAAAAGAAGACGGAUAAACAUCCCAAAGAGGAGGAGGAGGUUGAGAUCUCCCCCACUGAUGUCCACGGCAGCGACUCCAGCGGUUACCUUAGUGACAAGCCAAACAAAAAAAGGAAACACGAAACUGACGUCACAUCUGGUGUUAGUGACGAUACUGCAACACCAAAGUCCAAGAAGAAGAGGAAAAAUGGCAUUGAGCAGUUUGCCUGAAAAUAUCAUGUCUUGUAUGAAGAUCAGGUUAAUUGUGCUGAAUAAUUUAGGAAUAUCCUGACGUGCCUUAAGGAUCAGACAAAACUUUUAAUGAAGCAGGAUUCUGUCGGUCCGCCUCAGCCCAUCCACCCGCAGUUCCCUGCUACGGCCUGAUGAGGGAGCACAGCUGCCUCAUAUGAUCACACUGGGACACAAACACAGAUUUCACUCCUGUCAUGUCAACUUCACCUGUUAAACAUGGUGCUCGAACUGAAUAGGCCCGACUGGCGUUGAAUUAUGGAGCCAAAUGAGGAAAAACUAUGAAUUGAUAUGAAUCCGCUGUGCCUGCUCUCGAGCAUGUCCUCCUUCAGGGAUGCUGACGGACGUUUAGACGACCCAGUCUGUCGAGCUCAGUCUGAGAAACACCUCUGUUCUCUCGCCUCGCGUGCCUCUGCAGUCUACGCUGCAACUGACAGAGAAAGUUGUCGCCACCAGAUGUUUGCAGUAUUUACUCGGCGUCCUACAAAUGAGUCAGAAACGGUCCUGAAGUGUUUGUGCUGUUUCACUGUUCAGUGUUGCGUUUUCACAGUUUUCACAUGAAGUCUUGUCUUCUGUCUUCAGCUGCAAACCAACAGAAAGUGGAUGUUAAGAAUUAAAGAGCUCUGUGUUUUGAAAAGUU